CGGAAGAGGCCGGGGUUGCUGGCCGAGGCGCUGGGAGACCGUUGGCGGUCAGUCUGGGGCCAGUCUGAGCUCAAAGUCCCAGACCCCUGGAGACGCCAGGAGAAACUGAAGGACUUGAGGUUCCGGAGCAGUUGCCGCUGGCCGCUGCUCUGCCUCCGCCCCGCCGACGCCUCCGCCCCCGCCGCUUGAGGACGCGGCCCUGACAGGCUUGUAGGCCUAGGCGCGGCCCGAGGAGCCCGACGUGUUGCUGCUGGUGCUGCUGUGAGUAAUACGAGCGCCCUCUCCACAGUCGUUUACAAAUUAAAAUGGAGGAAAUUUCGUUGGCUAACCUGGAUACUAACAAGCUAGAGGCCAUCGCUCAGGAGAUAUACAUAGACCUAAUAGAGGAUUCUUGUUUGGGCUUCUGCUUUGAGGUGCACCGGGCAGUCAAGUGUGGCUACUUCUACCUGGAGUUCGCAGAAACUGGUAGUGUGAAGGAUUUUGGCAUUCAGCCUGUGGAAGAUAAAGGAGCCUGCCGCCUCCCGCUUUGCUCCCUUCCCGGAGAAUCUGGGAAUGGGCCUGAUCAGCAGCUGCAACGCUCACCCCCAGAAUUCCAGUAGCUGCAACAUGAGAGAGUCAGAGGGUGACCAGGACAAUAACAUAGACCGGUCCUGUGGUUUGGAGGAGUUAGGUAUCUAAAGUCGAAAAAGAAAAAAAAAAUAAUAAAAUAAGACAAAAGUCCCAAUUCCCAUUGAAGAUCCUAGCCUUUAAAAACCCAAAGUGGAGAAGUUAGGAAUUCGGAUCCUUUUAUAUAUUAUCUGGAAUCAGCUUUGAAACCCUGGACAGGAGGAGCUGUGCAUCCUGUGCACCAUACCAUGCAGGUAGAGCUCUACACCAGGAAGUGCGCAAGUGUGCUGUGUCCAGUGCACAGGUGAGCAGCCGUGUACCCCGCAUAUAAAUCCUUUGGUUCCUCAGCCUUGCGGUCAGCCUCAUGUCAAGUGCUUUCUGGAUAACUGACGCUUUGGACAGAGCUGAUGGUCGGGCCUUACUCCCUGGGCCUCAGUGGGACUGCUCCUGUGAUCUCUGAGCCUCCAAUUCGGACUUCUCCAAGACAAAUGAAAGUCAGGUAUGAGAUCUGGAUAUUAACAGUUCCAGUUUGGGAAAACCAAGGAAAAGAAUUACAGCUGAAUCUGGUAGGGGAAGCUCUGUGAUCUUGGCUCCAACAAGAAGAAAAGGUCAAAGCUACCAGUUUCCCAGAGGUCCAGCAUUUACAGUGACUUGAACAGACCUGGGGACAAGGGCUAACCUUUUGCUGAACAGAGCCCUUUGUCUUAUACCCCACCCGGUGGCACAGGCUUGGUAAAUGGACAAUUUGGUUAUCCAGGCAGGCUGAGGAUUUAGUCAUGAUCCCUCGAGGAGGUAGCAAGGGCCUCUGCAACUAUGCACGAUCUCUUAAACUGCAAGAUUCAUAUCUGGAUAUAUUAUGCUGUGAACAGCAGUUUGGUGGGGCAGUCAUUUUCCUACUCUGAGUUACUAGUUAAUUACCUAGCCAGUCCAUGUGUCUGACUUGGUCAUUAUGCCAGGUCACUACCUGCCUUCUGUGCUGGGGGCAGGACUGAAUUACAGAAGAGUAUAUAGGCUGUGCAGGAGACUGUGAUUUGAGAGCUGAGCCCAGAGGGAACUUCCAGCUACCCUCCAUGGUCAUGGGUUAGUACUAGGAGCCAAGGAGCAAGACUGGGUUGUCUCUCCUCUGACUGCAGUAUCCUGUUGAACGCCCCUGUUCCUUGGGUUGGUCAGUCAAAGCUCUGUUGUGGUGACCAUCUAGACUGUCCCCACCUCUGUCCCUCAUGAGGGGCAGCCCCUUCCAUUCAGUCCCAUUUGGACAUUCUUGACAACAAGAGCUGUCCUUUUGUCGUCAGAAGUCAGGGAACGGGAGAGGCAAGGAUGGGAAAUGUGAGCCACAUAUCAAAACCACCCUCCACUUUACUCCCUGAUCGAGGGUUUAUGAAGUGUAGAGGGGUGAGAGCCCCAACGUGAGCGGGAACGGUGCUGCUUUAUUUGAAAUGUUUUCUUACCUCAUUCUGUGCCCCAGUAAGGGGCCCAGCCUCAUCUGUCUGGCUUGGCCCCAUGUUCCUCCUGUCCCCUGCUCCACUGCCUAUCUGGUGCAGCUCACAACUCUAGGUGCUGCCUGCCACCCUGCUUUCACGCCAACCAGUUUCAGUUCAUCUCUCUUGAUGCGUCUGCUUCUGAAGCCUGCCCAGUUUCCCUUUCCUUGGCUUCUUUUAAGUUUUUCUUCUUCUUGUUCUCCUCCUCCUCCUCCUCCUUCUUCCUUUUUUUUUUUUUAAAGAAAUCCAUGGAAGAAUUUUUCUGGGGGGUUCCUCUGUUCAGAUUAUAAUGGGGAGAGAACAUAAUUUUUUGUAUAUGAAAGGCAGCGUCAUGCCUAAGCAUUUUCUUGUAGGACUGCCUUGUUAGAUGCCUUGCUGCUGUGUCUUACUUCAUAAGGAGUUACAUUUUCCCACUUCCACUUGGAUACUGCCUCUUAGGACCUAAGCAGAAGACCAGUACAGGCUGACUGACACACACAGGGAUGGAGUGGAUCCUGAUCUAUUUUCUCUAACCCUUGCUGUGCAUGUGUUUUUCCGUAUCUCAGAAGGAACUGUUUGGACUGUAUGGACUGAUUUGUGUUACAUACAGACAUUAAGGACAUAGUAAUAGGACCUCAAGACUGUCUAUGGUUGCAUUCUCCCCCUAGAAUUGUUCUGGUCAGGGUUAAGAUGUAGAUACAGAUGGGUCUUCAAGAAUUGUGACAACUUUUCAUAAAGUUAAACUUCAGCAACAGCUAAAAUAAUAUAGGCAUCUCCUUCUAAGAGGAUGCGGAGGGAAAGAAAGAUCUAAGUAAAACUUCAGCCUGCUCCCAAAUGACAUCUGGGAAACAGGCUGAAGGUAGGGUCAUGGUCCACUCUUCCUUCAGGGAGGGAGCUCUGAUUGUGAUACUACUGUUUCCUUUCUGAUCUUUCUCUUGGUUAAAGGAAGAAGUGGAAAGUAAUUUUGAAUAAUCGUUGGUUCAUAUUACCUCCCUCUUGGUUAUUGUUUUUGUUUUUUGCCCUCUCGUUAAUAGGACAGUGGCCCUAGGCCUGCCCUGGAUGGGUAUGAAGGCUGGGUCCAACAGGUGCCCUAAGGGGACAAACUAACUCCUUUCUUUUCUGGGGAGUGAAUGCUCCCUACCAUAUAGUUGACAGUGGUUAGGAACUCUCCCUUUACCUACCUGUCUUCCCUUUAACAGCAGAAUUCCUAUUCUUCUUUCCUUCCUCAACUAAGUAUAUUGAUCACCCUGUAAUUCUAUUAUGUAUCUGUGUGUGUGUGUGUGUGUGUGUGUGUGUGUGUGUGUGUGUGUAUGGGGGGAAGGGGUUCUUUACAAAUUUUUGUGGUUUGUGGCUUUUUCUUCCAUACAUUAGUUCCCACCACCGCAUGUCCAGGGGCCUUGCCUGGCAUUAUCGCAUGCUGGGAUCAUUGGGGAAGUGUAGUGAAGCUCACCACUGUCCUUUGUUUUGGAGAUUAUUAUUUUUGCAUAAGUUAGUCCAUCCUAUACAGAUUGCUAACUGUGUAUUCCCCUUGCCCCUCUGGCUGCUGGUGUAAAUAAACUGCAUCUCCCCAUCGGUAAACAGUACUAAUAAAGUUUUAAAAAAUGACUUUAUUUAGACUGUAUGUUCAUCUUUUAAGAUUGUACAUGUUUUUCAAGUAUUGACGUAGUAAAAUAAAUGUUGAAUUAC